CGCGCGCCCUUUAAGAACCCCCGCAUGACGCAACCCUUGCGCCAGCCCCGGCCAAUCCGCGGCCGCCGCCGCUGCCCUCGCCCAAUCCGCGCCGCAUAGUCCGCGGGGAGCCCCGCCCCACGACGCACCCGGAAGCGGCGGCCGCCCGGCCUCGGUCUUAAAGGGGACAAGUCACGCGGCUGGGUGAUGCAAGCGCUGGCAACCGGGGGUGGCCCAUGACGUCACGCCGCGCCCCCCCAUCCCUCCCGCUUAAAGGGCCAGAGGCAGCGAGGACCCCCACAGUGCGGCGCCCCCAAAGGGGAAGGAGAGGGACUGGGGAGGCCAGAAGCGGUCAAACUCAUGGCGGGGGCCCACUGGGACCCCCGCCGCGUCCCAUUCCCAGCAUGCAUUACAGCUGCCCCCCAGGUUCCCACCUGCCCCUCAUUCCCCUUCCCAGCAUGCACUGCGGCUGCCCCCCAAGUUCGCACCUGCCCCCCCAUUCCCAUUCCCAGCAUGCAUUGCGGCGGCCCCACCUUGGCCCUUCCCAUAUGCGGGAGGGUGGGGGUCAGCCCCUGGGUGGUGCGCUUCGCGCGGUGCAUGCCGGGAGCGCCCCCCCUCCCCCCGCGCGGGGUAUGCCGGGAGAGGAAUCCCCAGGGCUGCCCCCGGCGCAGUGCGCAUGCGGGGAGGAAGCGGCGCAGCCCCCUCCUCUUCCUGCAGCGGGUCGGGGCCGAGGCCGGAGGCGCCGGGCCCAGGAGCCCGGGCGCGGGCUGGCGUGGCGGGGCCGGCGGGGAGCGCCGCGGGGAGCCGCGCACGCACCUGAGCCACCAUGUUUGCUGCCAUGAGCAGGCGCCCGUGCCUGGCGGCAGCACAAUGACGGGCGGCGAUGAGGCCGCCGGCGGUGAUGGCGAUGGCGAUGGGGGGGGGUGCGCCCCCGCCGUGCCCGUGGGCUGGCAGCGGAAGGUGGAGGCGGGCGCCGUGCGCUACGUCAGCCCCAGCGGCACCAGUCUGACCUCGCUGGAGCAGACGCGGGCCUACCUGCUGGCCGACGGCACCUGCAAGUGCGGCCUCGAGUGUCCCCUCAACAUGCACAAGGUGUUCAACUUUGAUCCCAGAGCACGGGUGCAGGGCCGGGGGGGGCCAGUGCCAGGCGCCCAGGACAUGACCAAGCUUUGCAACCACCGCCGGAAAACCGUCGCUAUGGCCACGCUCUUUCGUAGCAUGGAGAAUGCCGCCCCCCCGGGCCUCCGGCCCCCCACAGGGCUGAGCCAGGGGCCCCCCGAGCGCCUGGCCAAGACCCCCGAACCGCGCACCCCGGCCCCCUCCUUCCUGCCUCCCACCAGUGCCCCCAAUGGGGCUCUCAGCCCCCCAGUGUCCCGGCUCGGCCCCCCCAUUCCUGCCACGCCGCCCCCGGAGGGCACCCCCCCCAGCUGGGGCCCCACGGCCUCUCCCCCCCCACUGCGGCCCUGGCCUCCCCCAGCCUCACCGGUCCCCCCCGGCCUUGCCUUAACCAACCAAAGCAGCAAUAACCCACCUGUGGCCUUAGGUGUGGGGGCGUCCCUCCUGCCCCCGCCCGUGCCCGGUGUCGCCUUCCCUGCCAGCCACCUCUUGAGUGCGGCCGCCAAGGCCCAGCUGGCCGGACAGGCCCCCCCGGAGCCGCCCCCACCCUCGAGCACUUUACCCGGCGUGCUGCUGUCUGUGGCGGGGGGCCGGGGCCUGGCGCGGCCCCCCCGGCGCCCCCGCCGCGCCCCCACUGUGCUGCGCCUGCUCCAGGGCCCCGAUGCCCGCCGGCCCCGGGCGCGUGAGCCACAGCCCCCCCGGGCGCCCCCUCCCGCCGCCGCCCAGCCCCUCUCAGCUUUGCUGAGCCUGCUGGGACCUCCCCUGCCCUCACCGCCGCCUGGCCCGGACCCUGCCGACAGCCUGCAGCCGGCAUCAGGGAGCUCCCCGCAGCCAAAGCCGCCCGUCCCCCCUGGGGCCACAGGUGCUGGCACGUGUCCUGUGGUGCCCAGAGCCUGUAUGGAGCUGGGCGGGGGCGAGGAGGGGGGCUUAGGCCCCGCGCCAUCUCUGGGCCUUGAGCCCUUGACCUUCCUGGGCCCGGAGUCAGGACUGCCACUGGGACCGGCGCUGCCACCUUGCGCCUUCUUGCCUCUGGCUGUACCCCUGCUGGGGGCGCUGGGGGGGCCGCCUGAGCCCCCCCUGCCCCUGCUGGGGCUGCCGGGGGAGCCGGAGGCGCUGGGAGGGCUCCCGCCCCUCCUGCUGGCAGCGCUGCUCCAGGGACAGCCACCGGGGCCUCUCCUGCCCUUGGGCCUGGACCUGCUGUCCCCACCCGGGGGCCUGCUGUCAGCCCUGCUGCCCCUGCCUGACCCCCCCGGCGAUCCCCCUGCCCGUGCCCCGGAGCUGCCUGACGCCCCUCUCCAGCCCCUGCUGCUGCCCCCUGCCCCUGCUCUCCUGGCGCUCAACUCAGCCCUGCUGGCUGCCGGCCUGGGGGCCCCUGACGCUGGCCCUGGUCCCCCCCAGCCCAGCCUGGCCAGCCCCCCUGCGGCACCUACCUCGACUGGCGCAACGGCCGCAACUACUGAGGGCCCCCGCGCCGAGCCCCCCCCACUCGUCAGCCCCCUGCUGAGCGCCACGCUGCUGGGUGACCUGCCAGCAUUGGGCCCCGGCCCCCUGCUCCCAAGCCAGCCGUCGCUACUGUCCCCUGCUCUGGGGGGGGCCCUGGGGCUGCAGCUGCUUCAGGCCCAGCCUCCCUUGCUGGGGCAGCCAGGAGCCCCUGGCCCCCUGGCCUACCUGCUCCAGAGCCUGCAGCUGAGCUCCGGCUUUGCAGGCCCCGAGAAGCCGCUGCUGGCCCCUGGCGAAGUCGCCUCCCCGCCCCUGCCGCAGCCCGAGCCCCUGGCCCCCCCUGGCCUGGACAUCGCCCUUCCAAGUGCCUUAGAUGCCCCCCCGGAGCCUCCCCUGGAGGCUGCCUACCCCCGGUCCCCGCUCAAGCGGGCACGACGGAGGGGGGGUGGCGAGGGACUGAAUGGGGCUGGGCCCCCCCGGGGCAGCAAGGGGCCGCGGCGUGGGGGUGGGCGGGGCCGGGGGGGCCGGUGCUGCUUCAAUGGGCAGGCAGGUGAGAAGGCAGCACUUGCCAUGGCCCCCCCCCACCCCGCCUGGCGCUGCAAUGGUGACCUGCUGGUGCCUGGUGCCCCUGGGCCUCUCGCAGCCGAGGAUGGCAAGGGGACCCCUGUGAGGUUGCGCCCAUCACGUCGUGGCCGGAGGAGGAAAGCUAGCGCACCCCGGCCCAGCCCCCGUGUGGACACGUCGCGUGCCCGGGGCCCCAGCACCGAGCCAGGCACAGUGCCGCCGGUGGACAGCUCUCUGGCACGGCGCCCGCGGCCUGGCCGCCCUGUCAAGAACCGCCGGAGGAAGCUGCUGACGUAGCACUGGCCCCGGCCCCCCCUGCAGAAGCACAGCCGCGGGGCCGGAGGGGUCCUGGACUGCUUGCCCUGUCCCCCCAUCUCUAUCCCCUGCCCGGGAAGGGGGGCACCGGCCUUGGACAUCGCAGACUGCCGGAGUCCUGGCUCGGCCCCCACUGCAAGAGGCAGCACAUGGGCACCACCACCCCCACAGCACUGCUGGUGGGGGGGACAACGCAGGGAUAAAGCACUUCGGAAGCCAUUUUGCAAUAGGCCGCAGGCUGGUGGGGGGCAGCGAGGCCAGAGCGGGCCCGGGGGGCUGGUACUGGCUAGGUGGUGUGAUAGGGGCCCCCCCCCUUACCUCAGGCCUGCGGGUGUCUUGCCCCAGGGCACAAAACGCCUCAGGGUUUAGUUUAGCACAAGGUUCACUCACCAAAAAUCCCCCCCGGUGCCCCCCCUGGGGUGGUGGGGCAGCCCCCAGCCCGGUGGUGCCAGGGGGAGGAAGGUACAAAGCAAUAAUCAUCUCCAGCCACCCCUGCCCUGCUGGGGGGGGUGCAGGAGGGCCCCCCGGGGCAGGGCCCGGCCCACUCGGAGAACACUCAGGUUGUCUCACACCGGCGGGGCUGACGCAGCCCCACGACACUACGUCCCCCCGUCCCCCCCGCACCAACUCGGCCUUGUUUUGUACACAGAAGAAAAGACUUUUUAAAAGAAAUAAAAACCCUUCCCGGGGCGGGGGGUAGCCGGGGCCAGGCCCGGCACGGCUUUAAUUUAACAGAUGGACUUAUUUUGGCGUCGCUGAGGUCCCGGCCCCGGCCCCUCCCUGGGGGUCACGGGGGUUUUGCGUUUUUGUAUCAAGUAUUAAAAUAUGUAUUUAAAAGCC